AGCUCUAAACGGUGUAACGAAAUCACCCAAGCUCGCAAUUCAUAGCCUAAGAUUUUGUUUCGACAAUAAUUCCUGGGUUCUUUCUUACAAUUACCAGGGAGAAUCAGUUGGAGGAGUGCAAGUACAGCCUUGGAGCAAGUCUAGGAAGAGGAGACUAAAGGAGUUUAUUUACAAGAAGCACAAAGCAUCACAUUCAACACUUGCCUCACGACGACGACGAAGUUGUGAAGAGUUGUGAUGGCGGCUGGGUGUAUGUGUCCCUGGACGUGUUUAAUUCCUUCUAGUUCCCCCAGCUGGACAUCGGACAACACAUCCACGGUCACAAACAAAAUGAGGUCGUGAGUUUUUACGCCUCUUUGAACAAUAUUCAGUUAUAUGACAGUGUGUCAGUUGGGGAGCGGGGGCGCAGCUCGUCAGCGUCUACCGCCUUGGUAAACCAAGGAAAACAGGUGACACGCCGGGGAUUAAAAAAGGUUUGAAUGUGGGAUUCGAACCCAAUAACAGCGCCUUCGUCUGUGGGGAGUUAUAACAUUGCUUAUACAAGAUGUCGACUUUCAAAUACUUCCGAGUCGCAUUCGGGUUAUUGGUAAUAACCUACGCGUUAUAUGUCAUCAAACAUAUCUCGACACUCACCAUUACAUGGUCAGCCCGAGGUGUGGACAAGCCGUACAACAAGAGUCACCUGAUAGUGUUCACAACAUUCCCUCUGAUGACGGACCCCAAGUACAAGAAGACAUAUUUCCGAGACCCGACACCCGAGAGGGUUGAAUCACGGAUGGCCGAUUACGUGGAGAGUUUGAUUCACACCCUUCGACACCCGUGUGUGUUCGAGGUACACCUGUUUUACGACCAAGACGGUAUGCCAGAAUACAUCCAAUCAAGACUUGGAACACAGCCGAAGUUGAAAUUCGACAGAAUACCAAAUGCCAGGGUUUACGUGGGUAUAUUUGAGUUUGUGCACCAACAUUUCAAAGACAAACUUGUGAUGAUCACAAACGGGGAUAUUUACCCAGCAGAGGGGUUCGAGAAGCUAGACUAUGACGUCAUGAGGGACAAGCGUUUGUUUUACUCCCCCUCGAGACACGGGCGGAAGGAGAAACGCUGCGUCAUGAGGAAGGAAUCCUGUGAUAAUGGCAGAUAUCGAGGGACACACGACAGCUAUAUUUUCAUCCCAGACAGGGAGCUACCAGCCGAGACGAAAAGAGCUCUCAAAUAUAAAUGGGACGAUUUUGGUAUGGAAAAUAUAAUAUUGCACCUGUAUAUGCAUAAGUUGUAUUAUCGAGUGUCUAACCCUUGUUAUGUUUUGAUUCUUUAUCACAAUCACUGCAGCGUCUUACGUCACAUGAAUAGGGUUAGAAUCCGUGGUUUGCCGUACGCCAUCGCUGCACCGACAAACACACUGUCGUAGCAGUUUCUUGAGGGUUUUUUUCAUUGUUUGUUUAUUUGAUUGUUGUUUAAUGCCGCACACAGCAAUAUUCCAGCUAUAUGACGGCGGUCUGUAUAUAGUCAAGC